AUGGCCACGCAUGCCACGACAGAGCCGCGCAGAUGCACAGCGCACCUGUACGACUCGUCGCUUCUGCGGGGCACCACCUCAGCGGUGCUGCUGAAUCGCUUCGGCUCCAUCCUGAAGUCCACCGCCGGAGGCAUUGGCCUGGCGCACUCCGGUGAGGACUCCUACACAAAGAGCGAAGUCGCCUCCGGAGGGCAGCUCGAUAUCUUCCUCUCGCACAGCCUCUCGGAGUAA